AUGGCCUCGGCCGCGAGUCCGCCAGGAGCGGUGAGCGCCAAUGGCUCAUUCGACCCCUUCACGGGCUCACUACAAGCCCAGCCGGCGCCAGCAUUGCGAUAUGCCGCAUUCGAUACCGACCACUUCUCGCUGUACUCUACCAAUUCCCCGACUUCUGCAAAACGCGCACUGGAAGCACACCUCAAGGACACAGAUCGUCGAUUGCGUGAUGCCGGUCAAUUGGGAACUACCUUGACGAAGCAGCGCAGAGAGCUGGAGGCCAAAUUGAAGGAAGUAGAGCAGCUGCAGCAAGACAGUGAGAUCCCGCCAGAGCUUCAGAGCAGACUUUCCGAACUCGAGCGUGAGUAUAAUGAAGUCGGUCGCGACUCGGCUCGCGCAUUUCUUCCCAAGUCGAGGGUCGCCAGCGAGACCGAGGCCUCGCAACCUGGGGUCAUUUCAGGAUCAGGGCGAGAAUCUCCAACCAAGAUUUCGGCACCGUCGCGGAGACAGCGGAACCAGCCAAGCAACAGAGUUCACGACAUCGAAUUCGCCGCGGAGAUCAGUACCCAGCUUCUCGCUGAGGUCAGGCACUAUCAAGCUGCCCUGGCAGAGAAGGACGACGCCUUGAAGGACGCCACCGCUGCGAAAGCUGAACUGGAGUCUGAUAAUGCUGUAUUGAAGCAAAAGCUCAGGCACUACGAUAUGAGCGAACAGAAGUACAAGGAUGAGAAUUGGAACCUGGAGACGCGCUUGCAGGAGAUCGAGGCGAAUUUGAAGCAGACAAUGGACAGAGAGACUAGGCUGGCCCAGAAUCUAAAGUCCUUGCAGUCGGAGAAGGCGGCGAAAGAGCGCGAGUUGGAUGAGCUGAAGCUCACGCACGAGCGGCUAAUCGAGGACAACGGCAUGGCAAAGAAGGUUCAAGAGGCCGAUUUGCAUGGUUUGCGUCGUGACGCUGCGACUUGGGAUGCCGAGAAGCUCAGGCUGCAGAAGAAGGUCGAGGAGCUGGCUUCUCAAAACACGGAGUUGGCAAAAGCCGUAUCGUUCCGCUUCAACCAGCAUGCCCAGCUCUCCGAUACCGACUUCGUUUCUGCUGAAGAGGGCGUCGGCUCCGACGAUGCCAGCCCAGAGCACAGUGCUCCGCCCUCGCCGGUCAAAGGCACACCAGCGCGCCAUGGUAUGCUCGAGUCCGAGACUUUGAAGUCAAGCUUGAAUCAUGCACAUAGAAUGAUUCAGAACCUCAAGAACAACAUCCAUAGGGAGAAGACUGAGAAGAUCGAACUCAAGCGCAUGUUGCAAGACGCGCGUGACGAGCUCGAAUCGCGUCGUGAGAGCCAAGGUGUAGCUGCGAACGUGGCAAAGAAGAGACGAAGCGAGCCUGAAGGCAUCAAAUUCAAGCGUCCUUCGAACAGCAGGCUUGGCGCAGCCCGCAGCAGCACCACUGAGAUCAUCGACGAGCCAGACUGGGAGGAUCAGGAAGCUGAAGCCACGCCCAGCAAGCCUAAAAUCGGUGCAAUGAUUGCCGGUGCUGGCGUGGCUGGUGUUGCAGCUGCAACAGCAUACAAUCAGGCGUAUGGCAGAUCUGAUCGUAACACCACGGAUGCUUUUGAAACCGCCAACGAGACUGAUGCUGGCUUUGAAACCGCGACUGAGCGAGGAGGUAACACCGAGAGCGAGGCUUUUGCUACAGGAGCUGAGGACCUUGGAAAUAACACCGAAGGAGAAGCCACCGAGACCGAGGCCACUUCUGCUCGCAAAUUGCGACGAGUCAGCAGCUAUCAGAACAAGGCUGGUAAUCGCUCAUCGUACAUGUCGACUGCUUCAACAUCUGGUGAUGAUGACGGUGACAUUGUCAAGACCCCAGUCCACAGCAUUGUACAGCAGAAGUACAAGCUGCGCCUUGGCCGUGGUGGACGGAGAUCGGGCCGUGUCAGCGACAUUAUGGCAGAUUCUCCUCGAGCUAGCAUUGCCAGCCCGAGCUCAAGCACUGGCACACCGCAGCCAGCUGGUAUGCAGAGUCUGGGUGACGAGCUCGAUGCACUCGAAGAUGGCAGCAUGGAAGGCACUCCAGUUUCCGGCAGGCACCUGGACAGCGACCUCGAAGAGACGCCACUCACGCAGCGACAAGGCAGCGUUGAGCCUCGUAGUCCUACCAUGAUGGACGACGACGAGAAAGUGGGUGUCGAUCCGGUCAUUCCUACUCCUGUCAGCAGCCCAAAGAGUGCUUUGCAAGCCCGUGACUUUGAGAACCAGGCGGACUCGGCAAUGCUUGCCCGUGAAGCUACUGCGAGCAAGCCAGUAAUGGUCGAUGCUGGUGUCAUGACCGAGCCGUGGCAACCAGAGCCUGCGAUCGAGAAGCAAUCUCUGAUGGAUCAUGCUGCUGAGAUUGCUGGAGGAGCAUUGGCCGGCUUCGGUCUGAGUCGAAUUGCAGGUCACAAACAAGAAGCAGCUGAGAGCGAUGGCUGCGAGGUAGAAGCCGAUCAGCCGUAUUUGAAAGACGUCGCGAGUGCACCUGAGCCAGUCCAGGCCCCGAUUCCCGAGACGAAACAAAUGAUCAGUGUUGGCACCGAUGCUCGCGGAAUACCAGUCACCAUCAGCACUGGCACCGAUGCUCGCGUCAUCUCGACAACCACGUCUGGUAAUGAUGUCAAACAACCUGCGCGGACGAUCAGCACCAGUACGGAUGCACGCGGUCUUCCCGUCACGGUCAGCAUGAAAACGGAUGCCGAUGCUGGGCCGGAGACACUUGUGGUCGAAGAUCUUCCUCUUGUCUCCACGGAUCCCUCUCCAGUCAUCUCGGAGGAGACUGAGCCUGAGAUGUGGCCACUACCACCUAAUACCAGUCGAAUGCCAGUCGUCAAUGGCGCACAGCGUUCUACUGAAGUCACUUCUGAUGUGCCACCAAUGCCUGCUGCGCCGCCUCCAGCAAUACCUGUCCAGCUGGCCUUUUCAGACGUGCUCUCUCAAGAGCUGACACCUGUGCUACCAGAGCCAGUGACACCUAUGCUACCCCAAAGGAGCUCUAGGAGACAAGAUCUCCCGCUCAGCGGAGACGAUUCAGACGAGGCAAUCGAGACACCAGGAUUCAAACGCAACGUGCGAUUCGCAAGUCAGUCAGAUGGUACCGCGGAAGACUCACAAGUCUUCGCAGGCGCAAGCGAUGAUGAGAUUCAAGUCUACAGAGAUGUGUCGAAAGAUAAUUCUCCAGCCGGCCUAGCGAUACACACAAGACAGCCACUUGGCGAUGUCUCACCGAACGUGACUUCGAAGAGCGCGAUGGCCGACGAGGGCUCACAGACUAUUGUUUCCGGUCAGGACAUUGAUACAAUGAUCAAGGACAAGGCUGUCGUUCCUUCACUCAAGGAUGCUGGAAGCUCGCCAUUCAAGAGUGCCGUUGCUGGUACAGUAGUCGGUGCAGCCGCUGCAGCUGCCCUAUCCACGCCUUCGAAGAAAGACAAGAUCAACCCUGAGAUUCGACCUUUCAUCUACGAGUCACCGACCUUGAAGAAAGCCAAGCGGCCAGCGAGUGCGGGUAGUCUCCGUCGUGAAGACGCCGCCAGCGCGCCUCCACUUCCUCCAGAUCACAAUGUCAAGAUCGCUGCAGCUCAACAGAACCCGGCUGUGCCACUUACAGCAUUUUCGGCGGGUACUAUGGGUCCCCCAACGAUGCCUGCGUCAGCAUACAGACCGCGUCCAAACACGCCUGGAGGACGACCAUACGUUGAGCGAGCAAUCCAUUCGCGUGAUUCCACAACGCCUCGCCCUCCUCGACGAAAAGACAGCCGCAGUGCUAUCGCCAGUCAGUCAGAUAGGAUAUCGCAUAGAACGUCGAUGUCUUCCUUUGCGUCCGAGCUGGACGAACGCUUCAACAUAACGAGAGGUCAGAUCAUGUACCCAGCAGAUGUGACGCCAUCAACAGAUCCGCGAAUGAUCCAGGCUAUCACACAGACCAUGAUUGGUGAGUACCUCUGGAAAUACACGCGCAAGGCCGGCAGGAGUGAAACAUCCACAACGCGACACAGACGAUUCUUCUGGGUCCAUCCUUACACUAGAACGUUGUACUGGAGUGAGCAGGACCCAAGCACGGCUGGCAAGUCGAUGUUGAAGGCCAAGAGUGUCGCAAUUGAAGCUGUCCGCGUCGUUUCGGACGACAAUGCAUAUCCUCCUGGUCUACAUAGGAAGUCUCUUGUGGUCGUCACUCCUGGCCGCGAGAUCGUCUUCACCGCCCCUACUGGUCAAAGACAUGAGACAUGGUUCAAUGCACUCUCCUACCUGCUUCUGAGAACGGAGCGAGAAAAAGCUGAAGAAGAGGACACGAUGUCGCAAGAUGAGCUUGAUGAGUUCAACCCUGGGUUCGGCAAGACAGUGAGGCAAAGCUUCAGCAGGAUGGCUGGCACUGCCACUGGACGCAGCCAAAGCCGCCACAGCCGCCACAGUCGCCGGACUAGCUUGAGCAGCUACAACAGCCGGACAACGAGGACUAACAGCCUUCCACGAAAUGACGCCACUCUUCGCCAGACGUCAAGAAACGCCGUCCCAGCCAUGUCUCUGCAAAUGCCGUCGCUCAACCAUCAAAGCAAAAGGCUGGCCGGAACAACUCCCAAAGAAUCUCGCGUCUCGUCCGGCAGCAUGGGCGCUCGAAUGAGUUCACUAACUAGUCGCUUCAGGCCAGGCAGCAGUCAGCGUGCCCAUUCUAGCGCCAGCGUUCGGCGAGAUGAUCCUGCGGAUCCAGCAGGGAUUUAUGAUGCCAGCAUUAUCGCCGACAGCGCAGAAGAUCUUCGAGCUGUCAUCGAGCAACAAGAGCGAGAUGCUGACAGGCUGGAGAAUGUCAGGGCAUGCUGCGAUGGUCGGCACGACGUCGCAUCACUCAGAAAUCGCAGCGGCAAGCACUCCAGCUUCGGCUCACGCUUUAGCAGCCACAAUCACGGACCCGGGUAUCACACACACGCUCAUGGAACGGCUUCGUCACGGACGUGA